GGUUUUGGGGAGCGAUGGCGGACACCGUCAAUGCCUACCUCGAGCGCAUGCUCCCGGAGCUCGAGGAUCUAGAGAAAUGGGGCCUCUUUACGCGCUCGGAGAUCAAGGAGGUCGUGCGCCGGCGGAGGGAAUUCGAGUAUCAUCUCAAGCGGCCGUCGAGGAUCCGGGACGAUUUCUUGCGGUAUGUGGAUUACGAGACGAAGCUGGAAUCGCUGCGACGGCUGCGAAAGAAGGUCGUGGUUAGGGAUUUGAAUGCCGCCGGGAAGAGAUGGAGCGGGCAUAUGUCCGAUGGGGCAAGCGCGAUCAGGAUUAUCAGCAUUUACAAGCGCGCAGUGGCGAGAUUUGGUAGCGACAUGAGCUUGUGGCUGAAAUUCUUGGAGUAUUGCAGGAAACAUUCUCCCAAGCAAAUGCGUCGGGUGCUGGCAAGAGCUCUCCAGCUUCAUCCCAAUAUCCCAGGAUUGUGGAUGUAUGCCGCGUCCUGGGACUUUGAGCACAAUCUCGACGUCUCUGCUGCUCGAGCGCUCAUGCAAAGAGGACUUAGGAUGUGUCCUCACUCAGAGGAUCUGUGGCUCGAGUACUUCCGCAUGGAACUCUCUUACGCUCAAAAGCUAAAGUCGCGAAUGCUGGUGCUGGGCAUCGAGUCCGAAGAGAUCGACGCUGGAAAGGAGCAACGAGAGAGUGAUUUGAGCGUGAAGCUGGCGUGGGUGAUAUUUAAGAAUGCCAUUGUUGCGGUUCCAUCCAGUGCAAGGUUUCGGCAAAGGUUCGUCGAAGUUCUUGACCGGUUUGCGCUGGUGAAGUCGACUAUCGCAAACGAGAUCUACGCAAGUAUGACGAGGGACUUCCCGAAGGACGAGAAUUGCUGGGACUGGAAAGGAAAGUAUAAAUUCCAGACAACAAGCUCUUGGAAGGAUGCUGUGAAGGUUUAUGAAGAAGCAGUGGGUGUUGUUUCGUCGGCUCGGAUGUAUGAGCUGUAUGCAAAGUUUCUCGAGGGAUUGCUGGAUUCUGGAGACAAGCGAGUUCCUGAGUCCCUUCUUGAGCUCUAUGACCGUGGUGAAGAAGUUUGUGCGAGCAUAAACUUUUUGGAAGGUCACGUUCGCUUGCUGACGAGAAAUGGCUUCCUAGACAGGGCAAGGGCCCUUACUGAGCAAUUCUGCAACGGUCCAUUACGUUCAAGCUCCAGGCUAUGGGUGUUGAGGCUUACGUUGGAGAUUCAACACGGCGGUUUACAGAUGGCUGACAUUUCUAAGCUGUUUUUGAAAGCCUUGCAGUUAGUCCAGGCCUCAGAGGGAAAGGACAUCUGGAAAAUGGCUUUGGAGUAUUUUUCCGGAAUGGACACUUACCUUGACAUAAUACUACGGCAUCUGGAAACUGCUCUCGGGGGCAAAGGUGGCGGCCAGGAACUUGGUGCUGUCGCUUGGUCUGCAGUAAGCUGGUUCUUACAUUUCGACGGUGUUGAAAAGGCUCGGCAGCUCUACAAUAGAUUUUUGGUGCUACCAGGUCCAAGUCUUUAUUUAUUCAAGCGAUGCAUUGGCCUCGAGGCUGAAAGAGGAGCACUUGGUGAUCAAGAAGCAGUAAAAUGCAUGCGGAGGCUUUUCGACGCUGCGCUUGAAAUAUAUGGUAGAGAAGAUGUUGGCAUUUGGUUGGAUUACUGUGCUUUGGAAAAGAAGGUUGGGAAUGCUUCUAAUGCAAGUACCGUGUACUUCCGAGCGAAAAAGACAUUAAGUGACCCGUCUUUGUUUAUACAAAGACACCAGCUUUUGUUUGCAUGACUCAUGAGAUGCAAGCAAACAAAGGUGAGAAACCAAAUCUGGAGCUGUUUUGCAGAAGCUCUUAUGGUUGAGCUAGACUAGACUGCAAACAUCUAACAAGAGUAAUACAAGAAUGGCGGAUUUAGCCGGUAAACUCCUUCCGAAGUUGGGAUAUUGUCUGCUCGUUGAGUUUGAAGGAUUUUUUCAGAACUUCGUCGGAGAUACCUGAGCCGAAAAGCGUAGAACCCAGCCGCUCAGCACCAGGAUUCUGGCUGUUAAACACAGCCAGGAAUUGAGCCGGGUGCGCAUCGUCCAAGUUAAUCUGAAAAUGGACAAGGCCUCUGGGAAAGACGAAGACGUUCCCCUUUUCGAGUGUUCUCGAGAAGAGGUUAUUGCUGGACACAAAUCCCGCCUGAACCUUACCUUCGAGAAGGAAGAAAACUUCGGUUGAGCGUGGAUGGACGUGUGGGGAAUUUACAGCUCCAGGUCCCAUUUCACCCCGGGCGAGACUUAUCCCGGCGGUGUUGAGGCCUGGAAACUGUUCGACGUUGAGGAGGGUGACAACGAACACGUCAGGAGUAGUGACGGGCUGGACAGAACUUAGAAGACGCGAGAUGAAGUCUUCCUCGGACACCGUUUUCUUACAAGCGAAGCCAUUAAUGGAGACCGUGGAGUUGAGAUCUGCAACACACAGGUUUUGAAGAGGAUCCGGGUCACUGGCCAGGACGGAUACUAACAACAGAGAGCAAGCAAGCAGGAGAGAAGUAGCCACACGGUCCAUGCUGCUGCAAAGAUCUAGAUCAGGUCCCUUUUAUUUCCAAGGUGAAAGACUAGUUCCAACCUGGAAGACUAAUUCGAACAUGAAAGACUAGUUCCAACGUGGGAUGCGGAGUCGACACUUCAUUUCAACUUUGCUCCAGUAAUCUUUGUCAAUGUACUUGUGCUGACAAAACUUUGAUACAAGUCGCUAUCCGUGCAA